GUUGCGGUUUCUUCAAUCAUAAGGGAGUCUAUCCUACAUCUUAAGAAAGAUUAUUUUGUAAAUUCUACGGAACCCUCAGACUAAGAUGCCCCAUUUUUAAUUUCUACCACUCUUAGCUGUAAGCCCCAUAAGAAGAUUAAAAAAAAAAAACAAGUAUACUCAGAUCACCUACUCAUCAAAGGCGUGGUAUCGUUAAGGCAAAAUCAUCACCAAAGAUUCUUGUCCACAAAAGGAUCAUGGAGGCUAGACUACGAUCCGCGGAUGAUGUACACAAAAGAAAGCUGCAGAAAAUCAAAAUCGAUGAAGUAGUCAAGCCUGUCCAACAACCCUUUCAUGAAAAGAGUACAAGGUUGAAGCUGCAUCCCCUCAAACUUAUGCUGUUUGUGUUGGUAACUGCUACAUUCCUCAUUCUUCUGUCCACCCCAAAUGGUUGUCGCCGAAACAAUUCGUCCCAACCUUCUAGUAAGUAAGUUGGCACACCAUUCUUCUAAACUUGAGGUUUCAUAAUAAAAAAGUCUAAACGGUUAGGUGUAGUACCAAAACUUUAUGAGAUUUAUCCGCCUUAACAUGACGCAGGCCUCAUUUGGGGAACAGGUGGUGGGUUUGGGGUGCUUCAGACCCCAGGUACGCAUCAGACAUGGUUGUUAACUGGGAUGAUGUGUCUGUAGUUGUUAAUGGGUUAGCAGAAAACAAGAAAAUCCAAACAACUGGUCUCCUCAACUUUGAUGAGGUGGAGAUCAGGCAAUGGAGAAAGAUGGUUCCCAAAGCCAACCACAUAGUCCUGCAUCUUGAUCACGUAGAACAGAAUGUGACUUGGGAGUCGUUGUAUCCCGAAUGGAUCAAUGAGGAACAACUUUAUGCAACUCCCAGCUGUCCUUCUAUACCAAAGCUUGACGUGCCUAGAAAACCAAUCGACCUGAUUGUGGUUAAGCUCCCUUGCAAUGGGAAUUGGACCAGAGAUGUCCCUAGGCUACACCUGCAGCUCUCAGCUGCGUCUUUAGCAGCCUCAGCUAAAGGCACCCGCCCGGUGCACUUGCUUUUAAUCACCCGAUGUUUCCCCUUACCAAAUCUGUUCACUUGUCGCGAGCUCGUUGCGCGCAAAGGUAGUGUGUGGCUAUACAAACCAAACUUGAAUGUCCUGAGACAAAAGCUGCAGCUCCCAAUAGGAUCCUGUGAAUUGGCCCUGCCAUUUGGCUCCAAAGGAGAAUCGGGCAAGCCAGAGCGUGAGGCGUAUGCAACGGUUCUACAUUCUGCUUACGUUUACGUGUGUGGAGCCAUAGCAGCAGCGCAGAGCAUCAGAAUGGCAGGAUCAACCAGAGACCUGGUGAUUCUUGUUGAUAACACCAUUAGCGAAUACCAUAUGAGUGGACUAGCAGCUGCAGGAUGGCAGGUGCGCACAAUCGAGAGAAUAAGGAACCCUAAAGCCGAGAAAGAUGCAUACAAUGAAUGGAACUACAGCAAGUUUAGGUUAUGGCAACUCACUGAUUACGACAAGAUCAUCUUCAUAGAUGCAGAUCUCCUCAUCCUCAGAAACCUAGAUUUUCUCUUCAGAGUGCCGGAAAUUUCUGCAACAGGGAACAAUGGAACCCUCUUUAACUCCGGGGUGAUGGUGAUCGAGCCUUCCAAUUGCACAUUCAACCUCCUCAUGGAUCACAUCAAUGAAUUCGAAUCCUACAAUGGAGGAGAUCAAGGGUACUUGAACGAAAUAUUUACUUGGUGGCAUCGCAUUCCGAAACACAUGAAUUUCUUGAAGCAUUUCUGGAUCGGCGAUGAGGCAGAGGUGAAGCAAAGGAAAACGGAUCUGUUCGCCGCAGAGCCGCCGGUCCUAUACGCCAUCCAUUACUUGGGAUAUAAGCCGUGGCUGUGUUACCGCGAUUACGAUUGCAAUUGGAAUGUAGACAUACUACAGGAGUUCGCGAGCGACGCAGCGCACGGUAAGUGGUGGAGAGUGCACGAUAGCAUGGAGGCGGAGCUGCAGGAGUUGUGCCUGCUGAAAUCGAAGCAGAAGGCCCAGUUGGAGUGGGACAGGCGGCAGGCGGCGGCGGCGAAGUACACUGACGGCCACUGGCAAAUCGAGAUUCGGGAUCAGCGGCAGAAGAGGUGUAAAGAUAGACUGUGUGAUUGGAAGGGGCAAACCACUCCGAUCAACUUUCCUUUCGGAUCGAGUGCGGCCGUGGGGUCCACUCCGAUCACCACAUUCGUUGGAUCGAGCGCGACUAUGGGGUCUGCUCCGGUCACCUCGGUUAUUGGACCAACCGCGGCCACGACCACAAUGGUCACCCCAUUCGGACCGAAUAUGGCUUCGGCCAUACCGGUCAUUCCCUCACUUGGACCGAACACGGGUGUCUUCACAUCCGCACCGGUCGGACAUCCUACUGUCAUGCUGCCUGCGAACUCUGUCAAAGAACUGGUAAAGUUCACAGGUGUUGGUUUUAAAAUAUGGCAGCAAAGGAUGUUGUUUUGGCUGACCACCCUCAACCUUGCGAGGGCUGCAUCCGCAAAGGAGUUGUGGACUACACUGUCCAACAAAUACCAGGCCGAAGACGCCGGUGCGAAGAAAUUCGUUGUCGGUAAGGUCUUUGAUUUUAGGAUGGUGGAUUCCAAACCCGUGGUCAGUCAAGCUGAAGAAUUGAUUCUCAUUUUUAAUGAGUGCACUGACGAGGGAAUGGGAGUCAGUGAGGCAUUCCAAGUGGCGGCGAUUAUUCAUGUGCUCCCGCCAGCUUGGGAUGAGUUCCGAAGCUAUCUCAAGCUCAAACAGAAAGAAAUGACUUUAGAACAGUUGCUUGUUCGUCUCCGGAUCCGUGAAGAGGGUCUCACUCGCGAGAAGAAAGUAGUUGUUGCUAAGGCCAAUGUGGUGGAGCAUCCAUCCAAAGAGGGUUCUUCCAAAGGGCCCAAGCCGAAUAAGGACAAGAAGAAGCUUGGUCCUAAAGGAGGCGUCGCGAAGCCCAAGUUCGCGGGAAAAUGCUACAACUGUGGCAUUACGGGCCACCGUUCUUCAGAGUGCCGCAAGAAGCCUCAGAAGAAGAAGCAGAAGAAGGAAGAAGCUCUCUGCUUGGAGCUAGAUGCCAUGGACCUUUGUGCUGUCGUGACAGAGGAUAAAGCGAGGUCACUGUGGGGGCGGUACCGGAACCUUCGGUCAGUCCCUUCUGUUCCUGCUGAAGACAGUGACUCCCAGAAAUGAUGAGGAGAGAGUUUUUUGUAUAUUGUUCUCAAAUAGUGGAAAUAUAAUUUUUUUUCUCAUAUAUUCUUCUUGUGUUUGUUCUCUCAUUUUUCUGGUGUUCUCAAUAUUUUUCGGUAUCUUACGCGCUUAAAAUCCCAACAAUUGGUAUCGGAGCUUGGUUGCGCUGGGCAGGAGGGAUUUGUAAGCGGUAAAAGGAGAAAUUUUGAGAACCCAGGGACUGGUCGGUUUUGGCCAGAAGGGGACCAUGGGACUUCACGAACAAAGUGAAUGGCAUGGG